AGCGGGGAAUCUGGAGCUAAGGGGGAGGCUCGGAGCGCUGGGCAACCAUGGACGCUGUCAACGCCUUCAACCAGGAGUUAUUCUCAUUGAUGGACUCCAAGCCCCCGAUCUCUCGGGCAAAGAUGAUCUCCAUCACCAAAUCAGCCAUCAAAGCUAUGAAACUCUACAAACAUGUGGUCCAGAUUGUGGAAAAGUUUAUCAAGAAGUGCAAGCCUGAGUACAAGGUAGCAGGCCUGUAUGUGGUGGAUUCCAUUGUUAGGCAGUCCAGACACCAGUUUGGACCGGACAAGGACGUGUUUGGCCCAAGGUUUACCAAAAACAUUACAGGGACUUUUGAGAACCUCUGCCUUUGCCCCGUAGAGGACAGGAGUAAGAUUGUGCGGGUCUUGAACCUGUGGCAGAAGAAUGGGGUGUUCAAGAUCGAGGUUAUUCAGCCCCUCUUGGACAUGGCAGCUGGCUCUAGCAGUGCUGCUGCACCCUAUACGGGCACAGAAGAGCCAGGUUCCUCUCCACCUCCAGCCAAAGAGCCAGUUACCGCAGUAACGGCAAAUUCCACCAUGACAUCUGCUGCUCAACUGCAAAACUCUGAUGCCUUUGCUGCUGUGGCACAGCUCUUCCAGUCCUCACAGGGUCAACAGCUGCAGCAGAUGCUCCAGAACUUUCAGCAGCAGCCAGUGAAGCCCGACGCCAACACUCAGCCUCAUCUCCAUACGACCCAAACCCACAUCCAAAACAUCACCACUGGGCUGAGCAUGGUCACCCCACAACCUCCCCCAGCCACCCAACUCCCUCAGCCCACUCAGCCCACCCAGCAGAAGACAGCCUUUGACAAGAAACUGCUGGACCGUUUUGAUUAUGAUGAUGAACCAGAAGUUGGAGAAGAAACAAAGAAGGAUGACAUCACUUCACAGCCCUCCUUUAUGCAGCAGCCUCCAGCCUUCCCACAGCACGUGGAGCACUUUAAACCACCAAUGAUGAACAUGUCGCAAGACCUCUCACAACAGGUUCCUCUCCCUCCUAAUGGCCAGCUCCAAGCCUAUGGUUUACCACCAGGGCAAAACUUCCCAGUUAUGAUACCUCCUAUGGGGCACGCUCUGCCAGGGCAGGCCCUCCCUGGUUCCACUGGGCCUCCAGGCUUCCCAGGCGUAUACCCUCCCCACAACGCAGCCCAGCUACAACAGGAUUUGUCAAUGGAUAUGGACCGUUCAGCUAUUAGGGACGGCAGACAUGGUCGAAGGUCACACUCAGGCUCCAGGUCUCCAAAACGGAGGAGGUCACGGUCUAAUUCCCGUACACGGCGGUCCAGGCACAGGAGAUCCCGCUCGCGCUCCAGAGACCGGCGUCAUCAUUCCCCGCGCUCUCGCUCGCAGGAGCGCAGGGAGCGAGAGAAAGAGAGAGAGCGACGACAGAAAGGCCUCCCACCACCCAAGAGCGAGACACUGAGCAUUUGCAGUACCACUCUGUGGGUGGGCCAGCUGGACAAAAGAACACAACAGCAAGAUGUUGCCUGUUUACUGGAGGAGUUUGGGCAGAUAGAAUCCAUCAAUAUGAUCCCUCCACGUGGGUGCGCCUAUAUUGUCAUGAUACAUAGGCAAGAUGCCUUCAGGGCUCUACAGAAGCUUAGUAGAGGAUCUUACAAAGUUAACCAGAAAGCCAUCAAGAUUGCUUGGGCUUUGAACAAGGGCAUAAAGGCUGAGUUUAAACAGUAUUGGGACGUGGAGCUGGGUGUCACCUACGUACCUUGGUCUAAAAUCAGAGAAGACCAGUUGGAGGAGCUAAAAGACGGAGGAAUACUGGAUGUUGACACCUUAUCACCAGAGUGGAGUGGAGUGAGGAAGACUCUAGACCACCCAGAGGAACUCACCCACAACGGCCGGUCAGAGCCACAGCAGCCGGAGGAGACGCAGGUAUUACCUCUCGCUGCUGCAGCUGCUCCUCCUGCACAGGUCCCUCCAAUGCAGCAGCCAAUGGUUGGUGUGGGUUCUCUCCAGCCUCCUGUCUUUCCUGGUCCCAUAGGAAUGCCUCCGCCUUCCUUCCCACCAGGCGUCCCACCUCCUCCUUUCAUCAGACCUGGCUUCAACCCCAUGCAGAUGCCUCCAGGAUUCCCUCCCCCAGGUGCCAUGCCUCUAGGUCCCCCACCUCCCGCCAAAGUUGGAGUUGAGGAACCACCCCUGGACCCAACAGGGCUGGGCAACCGGAAAAAUGACGAGGUCCCCGAAGGUCCCAACAUCUUCAACAACCAGAUGGCACCUAUGGGCAACCAAGUAGGUGUACCUCCAGGUGCACCACCAGGUGCUCUCUCUGGUAUACCUCCAGGUGUACCUCCAGGUGGACCUCCAGGUGCUCUUCCGGGCGGUCCUCCAGGAAACAUCCAGCCCUCCUCUGGUGGUCUGCUUGGUGCUCGGCCUGGUAUAAUCCCGCUCCAGCGUCCUCCUGUUCCCCCACUACCACACAUGCAGCGUUUCCCUCCACCCCAUGUGACAAGACCUCCUCACCCCAACAUGCCCCCUAUGCCCCCGCAGAUGAUGCCCAGGGGACCACACCCUCAAAUGAUGCACCACGAGCCCCCUCAACCUAAAGGAGGCUUUGGGAUGCCCCCUCCCCACAAUAUGAGGGCUCCCUUCCCUCCACAUGGGCAUGGCCCUCCUCCUCAAGGUCCUCCACCUCCUUUUAUCAGACCAGGUGGUCCUCGUGGCCUGGAAGGGCCCGAAGAAAUGGAGGGCAGACCAUUCAGGGGAGACAGGCCUGGUUUCAGGGACCGAGAGCCAGACAGGGACAGAGACUGGGAUCGGGACAGGGAUAGAGACAGGGACAGAGGUUUUGGAAGUGGAAGGCGUCCAUUUGGGGAUGGAGGGAGAGGAGGAGGUGGUGAUAGAAUGGACGGGAGGGACAGGCUCGGAGGCUGGCAGGAAGACGGCGGCAAUCACCGGGGAGGAGGAUGGGAGAGAGACAGAGACAGGGACAGAGAUCGGGACCGGGACCGAGACCGAGACCGUGACCGGGACAGAGACAGACGUGACUGGAGGGAGAGGCGAAGCAGUCUGGAUAGCGACAGGGAACGAGGGAGGGGCGAUGAUGGGGAAAGGGAGCAUGGGAGGGGGGAGGGAGGAGAAAGAGGAAGGGCAGAGGGAGGGAGUCGAGAAAGAGGGAGAGGAGCUGAAGGAAAAGAAGGGGAGCGGCCACGGCGGUCAGAACGGCGAGAGAGGACCACGCGGUGGGACAGGGAUGAUCGACUGGCUGAAUUGGAAAACAUGGACAAAUUUCGGACCUCUAACAGCACCGAGCAACCUUGUGUGACUCCUGUGGUUACCGUGGAAACCAGUAAAGAACCGAGUGUGGAAGAUUCUCAACAAAAGGCAAAAUCAGAACUUGUAGCUCCGGCCCCAGAGGUAACUACUGCUGUAGGAGAGCCGAUGCCUUCUGAGCCCUCACCUCCAGCUCAAAGUGCACCCACAGACACAAAACAGGAAGCAGCAUCAUAGACUGGCUCACUGUUUGUUCAGCCAGAGACUGCUGUGAACCACUGAAAGAUGACAAAGGUGUUUUUCACUAUGGUAGCCAACCUCAACACUCGGCAGAUGAAUUCUAACUAGCCACAGUUUGUCAGUUGGUAAUUGACAGUUUCUGGGAAGUAACAUAUUUCUUGAAAACAAGCAUCUCCCACUCAUGUUGUCAGACAUAUAACAUAUUUUUUAGAAUUUAUGGUCAAAUUUUGCUUUGCAUCGGUGUCUCAAAACACACAGCCACGUGAAAAUCAGUUUGGAAUAAUGGCUGUAGUUAAAUAUUGGCUGUCACCUCUAGUUUUUCUCCUUCCAGUAAGUCGUAAGAAUGAACGGAGUGCUUGCAUGUUAACUUAGCUCUGUCCAUCUGAGGUUAAAGUGAACGUAGCUCGUAUUUGUUUUUACUCAUGUUGACUCGCAGACAGAGGAAACAAAUAAUUUCUGUGGCACAGAUUUACUUUCACUUCAUGGCCUCAUCUGUGUGAUAGCAGGCACUCCUCAACACGGUUAAUAUAUUCCUUUUUUUUUUUAAUUUGCCAAAAUGUCAUGUCCAACACUGAAUUUCUUCUUAAUCAACUCUCUUACAACACAAACGCCAUUUAUUGUUCUUUGUUGUUUUCAUCUCAUCUUGUUUUUCUUGUGAGCCAGUAAGGCACAGCUUUGAAAGGACUAUGGUGGCCUUAAAAUCCAGUUCAGUUGCUUGUAGGCAUUUUACAAAUCGGGGAAGGCAUCCUUUUUGUUGUUGUGGCAACAUCCAUCAGUCCAGUAACUGAUCAAUCUGUGACAUGUGCACAUUCACUGGCCAAUACCCAAUGUCCUUAAACAAUCCACUGUACGUGGUUUUAUUUAAGUUUUUAAGAAUUUCUUUAGUACUAUUAGUACUAUUCCAUUAAUACUGAGACUCUUACAGACACAGGACUUAUUAGAAGAGCUUAUUCUCACAAGGUCUCUGGAUCUAACUUAGUAGUCUUUUUUUUUUUUUACUGAUAACAGGAAUUGCACCCAAUUCCUUGUGAAGAAAGGAUUCUCAUUCUAAUAUUAUUUUGGGAAUGGAGGAUGCUUCACAUUCUUUGACUGUACUGUACUUACCCAGAUGUGACUUUACGGUGAAGUUGUUAGGAAAAUCUUUUAAUCAUAUUGUUUCGUUACAGAAAUAUUGGACGCACACAAACUAUUGUAGAAGCUGAAAACCAAGGACUUAAACUUUAACAGUGGCAUAAUAAAAUUUCCCUUGCUUAGAUGUCGUGACUAAUGGGCCGAGAGGCAUUUCAGAUAAGACAUUUCAACAUAAGCAACGCCAAAACUAAGACAGAAAGAAAAAGUCAUGCCCAGGUGCAUUGUGGUAUAGCUCCUUUGGAAUAUUUGGAGAAUAAAGAUAUUUGAUAUUAGGUAAGUUGGUUUUUUUUCAGAGGUUGGAGUGAUCUAUACAUAGAAGUAUUGUCAAACAAAAAUAAAUUUGAGUACAUUCAUUUGUUAAGAAAUUAACUUGUACCCAGAUGAGCAACAACUGUUCAUUUUGAUGUCUGUUAAAGUUUAGACGGUCAGUUUUUCAAAACUAAAAUCAACAUAAAAGUUAAGUGGAACUAAAAUUCCUCUUGAAAUUCUCAGAUGUGUAUACUUAGUAAUGUUUUUUUCUGCUGUCUCAAUUUCACACUCCUGCCUAAAGGUGCAUGUUUUUAUUUUUCAGUUAAAGAAAUAAAGGAGAACCUUUUGUAGAUCCAACAGAGGAAAAUCCAACAGACGUUUAUUUUAAAAGUGUUGUACUCCACAAAAAAUGUGCAAAAAUUCAGAUGCCAGCUUGGCUUUUUGAGCAUUUUGUAUAAACACAAGUCUUUUCUUUGUCCUGUAUGUAUGAAAGGAAGGAGGCAAUUUCUUGGAUCAGACAUAAGAGCUUAACUGUAUUUUGAAAUCCUCCUAUAUUUGUCUCAUGUAUGUCAGUCAAACUCAUAAAUACGUUUUGUCCACAUGAAAA